AUGACUGACAACCCAACAUCAAAUACUACACUAAUCGCGCAUUCUCCAACUUUCAAUCCCAACUCCAACUCUGGUUUCACGCCAACCACUACUUCAACAACGCACCCGCCAGCGCAACCACAGCCAACAUUCGCACAACCACAAGACUUUCCCCCAACAGCAACUCCAAAGCCGAAUCCAAAUACAAACUUAAUGGUCAACGAAACCAGCCAGUUGUCCUCAGCCGGGACUGGAUCCGCGCACACCGCAGCCGCUGACCCGAUCGCUUCAACAGUCCGCCCUGGCGGCGCUCCAGCGCGCGUCUACAUGAACGAGAAGAUCGUGCCGUAUUUGCUGGAAGGGAUGAAAACGGUCACAAAGGAGCAACCUGCGAACCCCCUGCGCGUGCUGGGGGAGUUCCUCAUACAGAAGAGUAAUGAGGUCGAGGGUCCUCAGUCGGGGAACGCGCCGGAGUAAUCGGCUAGAACUUAGCCUUGAGUUUGGUUACUACGUAUUUGUAUAUUGCACCAUUGUGUAAGGCGAAUGGGCUUUGCGGCUGGUCAAGGUGAGAGAGAUAGGCUAUUGUUUGUUGCAUGAAGAGCAAACGCAGCGCUUCCUGUUUCUACCUUUACCAUGGAGCCCGCACUCCGUUCUUGCGCCCCACCUUAUUACUUGGUACUCAUUUAUUCGAUGCCAAAAACGGCCUGGUGCUACAGGGUGCCCAUUUCGCGCAGGUGAAGAACUUGUAUAAGGAGACGCAAAACGAGACUGUCAUAUGGCCGGCUGAUGCCGCCUACGAGCCGCGGAAAGAGCUAGACCUUGAUGGUGUCAAAUCAAUAAUGGACACGGAAAAUCUGGCAAAUAAGUGGCGUUUCUAUCUCUAGCUCUAGUCAAGACAAAUAUAUUAACCCGAUCCCU